GUUUGGUUAUAAGAUCCGUGACGUCAUGAAUCAGCUGUUAUAUGUCAUAGUUAUCACCGCAAAAUUGUGGUAUUUACCCAACUCCCGAGCAGUUUUAUAUUUCUGGUUAUUAUUUGAAAUGUGACAAGUUAGAAUUUUGGCGGGUAUUGGAUAUUUUCGUCGUACUUGUGAGGUUAUAUGCGCGUUUAAAAUAGCAGUUUUGCAGUUCCUUAUUAAAUUGAGAAUAAUAUGGAGCAAUUUUAUCUAACUUUAAACUAUGAAGGCGUAGACUACGAGGUCUGCGUUAAAGACCUUGAAACAGCCAAUUUACUUUUGAAUGAUGCUGCUGCUGCAGAGCAAUAUAUUUUAUCUAUGUGUCCAUUGGGGUCUCAGCAUGAGCACAAUGACUCCGAAAAUCAACCUCAGAAUGAUUUUCAAUCUAUGUGGUCUAUGCCCCACAAUGAAAAUGACUCAACCAUUCAACCAUCUAUUAAUGAUAUGAUUUGGACAAAGAAGAAGCCUUCUGAAAUGGAUAAUGAAGCAACUAAUUUAAUGUUGUCCUUAAGAGAGGAAAAAAGAUGCAAACAUAAGGUAACCCCACUGAAUCUAGAGGAUUCAAUGGAUGAAACAUCAGAAAGUGUGAAAAAUGAAAUAGAACAGCAACAACCAGAUCAUACAGAAUCAGAAGAAACUCAAUUGGGUCCCUCAACAACAACACCAGUUAGCCGAUUUAAAAAAAACUCGAAAGGUAACACCUUCUCGGCAUGAUGACCUGAUAAGAGAAAUGGAAAAGGAUAGAAAAAUAAGAAGUGAAGAAUUUAGUUUUUUGAAAGAACAUUUGAAGAAAACAGAACAACGAAAGGACAGGUUCUUAGAAAUUGUUGAGGCAGCUUUUGGGACAAAAAAAAGAAGAAAGAGUGAUACAAACGAUUCUGACACUGACUAGGAUUAACAUCGAUUAAUAUUUAUUUCUUUUUGUUUUUAUUUGAGAUUUUUAAAUUGUGUAAUCAAUAGUUUCUUGUUCUAAUAUUUUAGUUUUAUUCAAGGAAGAAGUUUAUUUCAAGGUAGAAGUCAAUCCAUCCAUAAAAAAAGGUAAUAUACCUUUUGUGAUAACUAACAAACCCUGUGUAUAGAAUAAUAAUUAAGUUAAAAUGAAAGUAGAGAUAAGUAAAUUAAAAUGCAAACCAAUAAUUGUGUUUUUAUUCAAUUUCAAUUGAAAGAUGGUACAAUAAUAUUAUUCUAUGUUAUAUCUGCA